AUGCCAAGAGGCAGUCAUACUUCCAUGAUAACUCCGGUGGAGCUUACCAAAACUCCUCCCCAAAUCCGAAGGAAAGGCUUAAUAAGCUCUCCCCUAAAAAUAAGACCUAGUUCAUCCUUGCCGCAACCGCAGGAAGCACCAAUGCCAGCACUCCUGCAGCCGCGCCAAGCCCCCGAUGAAGUCUCGGGCCCAUCUCCACCUUCUACUGCCAUUGCUUGGCCUUUUCGCCGCUCGGCUCAGCCACGGGGAGCGCCGACUGACUACGCCAAGUCUCCAAACCCCUCUCUGAUGCUCCCCAACGGCUGGCCUCCCCGCGUAGUAAAAAACAGAAUGAGUGGUAGGAGAAAAAGCUAUUCUGUGGAGUGCAAGAAAGGAAUUGUUGAGGAUUCCUAG